AUGGCGGCCCGGAAAAUAUCUGCGGCCUCUGCCAGGACCCAUACCCGCAGAUCCAAGUCAACGGCUGCUUCAAAAUUCUCAGGGAUAUUGAGGAAAGUGUUGUUAGUUGGGUUUGUGGGGCUUUUAGCUUGGGCUUACCAGGCAACGAGACCUCCGCCGCCAAAGACGUGUGGCUCGACAAAUGGGCCCCCAGUUACAGCACCGAGAGUACAGCUUAAGGACGGUAGGCGUAUAGCCUAUCAAGAAGUUGGUGUACCAAAAGAAACCGCGAAGCAUAAGAUUGUGUUUAUCCAUGGGUUUGAUUCAUGCAGGCACCAUGUUUCAGCAUUAGCUGCCCGCCUCUCCCCAGAUAUAGUUGAAAGUAAAGGGAUCUACAUAGUCUCGUUUGAUAGGCCUGGUUACGGAGAGAGUGAUCCUCACCCUACACGAACGGUCAAGAGCUUGGCUUUGGAUAUUGAGGAGCUUGCAGAUCAGUUGGGUUUAGGACCCAAAUUUUAUGUCGUUGGAUUUUCCAUGGGUGGCCAGGUUGUGUGGAGCUGCCUCAAGUAUAUUCCUCACAGAUUGGCUGGAGCAGCUCUUGUAGCACCUGUGGUCAAUUAUUGGUGGCCCGCAUUUCCUUCAAACCUUUCUGGACCUGCGUACGUGCUGCAGCCGAAAAAAGACCAGUGGUCUCUUCGUGUAGCUCACUACCUGCCAUGGCUUACCUACUGGUGGAACACCCAAAGAUUUUUUCCUAUUUUGAGUGUUAUUGCUGGCGACCCCUUAAUGUUUUCCCAUCAAGACAUGGAAUUGCUUCCAAGAUCCAUUCCCAUAAUAAAAGCUUAUAAGGGGGUGGCAAGACAACAAGGAGAGUUUGAGAGCCUUCAUCGUGACCUGAUGAUUGGUUUCGGAACAUGGGAAUUUGAUCCCACGGAUAUCGAGAAUCCAUUUCCGAAUGGUGAAGGUUCGGUUCACUUGUGGCAAGGGGAUGAAGACCGUCUUGUCCCGGUGGCCCUACAACGUUACAUUGCUGACAAGCUGCCUUGGAUUCAUUAUCACGAGCUGCAGGGCGCGGGACAUAUGUUUCUGCUAGCUGAUGGUAUAUCGGAUUCGGUUGUACAAGCACUUGUAGCUUGA